AAAAUGCUGAAAGACAACCUCACACGGUUCUCAUUCACAAAAUUACUUAACCGCAAGUAAGUCUAGAACAUCUCCCAUAGCUUGUCUUUUGUUUCUCGUGUCACCGAUUUGAUCGAGAAAAAUGAGUUGGUGGUGGGCAGGCGCCAUCGGAGCUGCCAAGAAGAAGUUCGACGACGAUGAACCUACACAAACCUACGAGAGCGUCGCACUCAUCAUCGGCGUCACCGGAAUCGUCGGAAACAGCCUCGCCGAGAUCCUCCCUCUCUCCGACACCCCCGGCGGCCCGUGGAAAGUCUACGGCGUCGCUCGCCGUCCUCGCCCCUCCUGGAACGCCGAUCACCCCAUCGACUACAUCCAGUGCGACGUCUCCGACCCCGACGACGUGAGAUCCAACCUAUCCCCCUUAACCGACGUCACGCACGUCUUCUACGUCACGUGGACCAACCGCUCCUCCGAGGGGGAGAACUGCGAGGCCAACGGCUCCAUGCUCCGCAACGUCCUCCGCGCGGUUGUCCCCAACGCGCCGAAUCUAAGGCACGUUUGUCUCCAGACGGGGACCAAGCACUACAUCGGUCCCUUCAAGGACCUUGAGACGACUCGGUAUCACGAUCCUCCGUUCACGGAGGAUAUGCCGAGGUUGGGAGUCGAGAAUUUUUACUACGCUCUUGAGGAUGUUCUGUUCGAAGAGAUCAAGAAGAAAGAGAGCGUGACUUGGUCUGUGCAUAGACCGAACACCAUCUUCGGUUUCUCUCCGUACAGUUUGAUGAACAUUGUGGGGACACUCUGCGUCUACGCAGCGAUAUGCAAGCACGAAGGGACUAAGCUGAGCUUCCCGGGGAGCAAGAAGGCCUGGGAAGGUUUCAGUACGGCUUCGGAUGCGGACUUGAUCGCCGAGCAGCAGAUUUGGGCUGCGGUUGAUCCCUACGCGAAGAACGAGGCGUUUAACUGCAAUAAUGAUGAUGUUUUCAAGUGGAAGCAUCUUUGGAAGAUUCUUGCCGAGCAGUUUGGGAUCGAGGAGUAUGGGUUUGAGGAAGGGAAGAACGUUGGGUUGGUGGAGAUGAUGAAAGGGAAAGAGAGUGUGUGGGAGGAGAUGGUGAAGGAGAAUCAGUUGCAGGAGAAGAAGCUUGGUGAAGUUGGUGUGUGGUGGUUUGUGGAUGUGAUACUUGGUGUUGAAGGGAUGAUUGAUAGUAUGAACAAGAGUAAAGAACAUGGCUUCCUUGGUUUCAGGAACUCUAACAACUCUUUUAUCUCGUGGAUUGAUAAGUACAAGGCUUUCAAGAUCGUGCCUUGAUCCAUCUUCCAUAUAAGGAUGUUUCUCUCGUUUUCUUCUUCGUUUUAUGUUCUUUGUUGUCUGCAAAAGGAAUAAAAUCAACUGCGGAUUUACCGUUGUUUAAGUACUCCA